GGUACCUGCGGGAGAGAGCCCGGCGGAAAGUCCCUUCUUCCCAUGAGCAGCGCCUGCUCCGGGUGCUGGGCUCUCGCCAUGGACACUCUGAAAACCACCUACAUCGUGCUGGAGCUCAUCAUCGCCGUGCUCUCCAUCGCUGGCAACGUGCUGGUCUGCUGGGCUGUGGCCAUCAACAGCACCUUGAAGAACGCCACCAACUAUUUCCUGGUGUCUCUGGCGGUGGCUGACAUCGCCGUGGGGUUGCUGGCCAUCCCUUUCGCCAUCACCAUCAGCAUUGGCUUCCAGGUGGAUUUUCACAGCUGCCUCUUCUUCGCCUGUUUCGUGCUGGUGCUGACCCAAAGCUCCAUUUUCAGCCUGCUGGCGGUGGCCAUCGACAGGUACCUGGCUAUUAAGAUCCCGCUGAGGUACAACAGCCUGGUGACCGGCAAGCGGGCGAGGGGACUCAUCGCAGUGCUGUGGCUCCUGUCCUUUGGGAUUGGACUGACCCCACUGAUGGGCUGGAACAAAGCCAUGAGUGGCUGUCCCAAUGCCACCAACGAGACAGGGGCUGAGCCUGGGACAGAGCCCCAUGGCUGCUUCAUCUCAUGCCUCUUUGAGAAUGUGGUGACCAUGAGCUACAUGGUCUACUUCAACUUCUUUGGCUGUGUGCUGCUCCCACUCGUCAUCAUGCUGGGGAUCUACAUCAAGAUAUUCAUGGUGGCCUGCAAGCAGCUGCACCAGAUCGAGCUGAUGGGCAACUCCAGGACCACCCUGCAGAAGGAGGUGCACGCAGCCAAGUCUCUGGCCAUCAUUGUGGGGCUUUUUGCCUUCUGCUGGCUGCCCCUGCACAUCUUGAACUGCAUCACGCACUUCCACGAGGGCUUCUCCAGAUCCAAGCCCGAGUGGGUGAUGUACGUGGCCAUCAUCCUCUCCCACGCCAAUUCUGUCAUCAACCCCAUCAUCUACGCCUACAGGAUCCGGGAUUUCCACUGCACCUUCCGCAAGAUCCUCUCCAAGAUCCUCUGCAAGGCCGACGACCUCCCCAAGUGCCCCUCUGACAACACCCAGAACCUGACUGUCAUCAACAUCAGCUCCCCCGUGGCCUCGGUGACUGUAUGACCCUGCCCCUGCUGCCCCUGGGUGUCCAGCCCAUCCCUGGCACUGCCCUGCCCCAUGGCAGCAGUCCCAGGAGUGCUCAGAGAUGACCACUAUGCACUUGUGCAGCUGUGUUUUUAUUUUAAUUUUUGUAAUUAACAUCGUGCCUCACAGAGGAGUGACCUGAGCGGGGACACUGAGUGCAGCUCCUCUGGAGCCCCAGGGUGUGUGAGAGCUGUGAUCCUGUUGUGUUUCCUUUACAGGUGUUUCCAGGUCAAACACUGACUGGGAAAGACUCACCUGCUUGGGGGGGUGUUUCCCCAGUUGUGCUGCUCAUGUCAAGUCAUAGGAUCUUUAUUUUAAUUAUUAUUAUUAUUAUUUUUUAAUAUUUUGUUUCAUUUAGGAGUAAUAAUUUUGUGUCUGAUUUUUGAGUUGUUCUCUAAGACCAAACUUGUCAGCACUUUGGUAAUACCCUAAUUAUUCCAUCAA